AUGGAAGAAAGCAGGAAAAAGCCAGAAUCUGAAAACGGCGGCGAGGUUAGUGGAGAACUAUACGAGUUGCUAGCGAUAUCUGACGAUGAGUUCUCGCUGGAGAUACCCAUAAACGAAGAGAUGGUAAAGGAAGUAAUGCAAGAGCUAUGGAGAGAAAUAGCCUAUAGAUAUAACGAUGACCGUGAUAUAAUCACAUCUUUGACGCCGGAUAUUUUUCCGAUGGCUUCACCGUUGUCGUCGUUUAUCGUUGUAGGUGGCGAUAAUGAGAGCUGUGGGCCUGCAUUUUCAGACUCUGCAUCCACUGUGAUGGCUGGCACUGAGCUGAGUAGUGGUGGUGUUCCGGUUCUAGGGCCCACUAAUUUUAUUGCCUCCGGGGAUAUGGGUUUGCCGGUGCCGACCAGAAAUGGGUCGUGGGUGUGGGAGGAGAGAGAGUGGUACAUGAAGGGUGGUGAUGAGGGUGUGGAGAAAAUGGAUGGCUGGGAUGGUGGGGAGUUUGAUGAUGAGUGGCUGACAAGAAUUCUCAAUUUGGGUCCACAAGAACUCGAGGAGUGGGCCCUACUAUGA